AUGGACGGCGGACUAGAGCGCCUCAUCCAUAUCCUGCGCACACCACCGCAGCGUGUCCCUUCACAUGCGCGUGACGCACCCCUACAAAAAGGCCUGCAAGCGAAUUGGAAAUGGAGUUUGGCAUUCCAAUGCGUCGUCAACAUCGGCGUCCGCGGGAGCGAAAAAAUUCGCACACGUGUGGUAGAGGCUGGCAUCGCGCCGGUCAUUGUGCGUGUGCUUGAGAGCUUUUUGCUGGCCGCCGAGGCGGUCAAAGAGGACCGUCUUUGGCACGACACAUCACUCUCCGCUGCGCCGCAUGCGAUGCAGCGAGCCGUAUACCCGUCGCUAGGACUUUCCGACACGCCGCAUCCUUUAGAAGAGCGCUCCGCUGCGCCUCCUGGCGCUCCGAGCGAUGCCCAGCGCGAUGUAUCCGUGUACGAUGACAGCACGCAGGAUGCAGAGAUGCCAAGCCGCAAUGCGUGCUACUGGACGGACCACGAAGCGAGCGUCUUGCGCGAAUCGUCCACCUCGCGCCGCGUCCUCUCUUCCGAGUACGAUGCCAGCGCAAGCGGCAGCGCGAGCGAGUGUGCUGAAGACGCCGAGAUGUGUGUUGACGAUGGCGAUCUGGACGCGGUCGCGGUCGCGCCGUCCAACGACGUGGUACGCAGCUCGCAAGAGACGCCGCGCCCGCCGCGCCCAUCACUUGAGACGCCCCUUUCUGAAGCCACGCCACGUCCCCAGCGCACGCAGACACCCACGCCCGGACGUUCCACCGCGCGCCUGACGCUACCGCAGAUUGAAGCCAACUUUGUAUACCGAGAAGAGGAAGUGUUGAUGAGUUUGCAGUUGCUUGCAUACCUUUCGAAAUACCCGCACGUUCGUCUCUUUUUUCACAAUGCAGAUGUGCGUGAUACGAUGCUCUUCUGUCCCGACUGGCCCGACGAGGGACUGCCCAACCGCACCUGGUCGCCGAGCGAUCCCCUCCACCGAAACGUCUUCUCUGUUGCCGAGCGCUUCACCACGCGGUCCUCGCGCAUGACUGGAUGCACCGGAGCGCUCAACUCCUUCUUUCCGCGCCUUGGCCACGAGAUCCAGUACUGGGCUGGCGUCGUGAUGCGCAAUGCAUGCCGCAAAGACGAGUCGCGCGGCGGGAUCCGGCAGUGUGCAAACAUGCUGUGCGGAAAAUGGGAGGCGUACCCCCGCGAAUUUGCCAAGUGCCGUCGCUGCCGCAAAGCCAAGUACUGCUCGAAGCAGUGCCAGAGCAAAGGAUGGCAAAUGGGCCACCGGUUCUGGUGCAGUGCGCGAGACGAUGUAGAUCGAAAGAAGGACGACUCUCGCGCCUCUUUCCUCGCGCCCGAGACGGAUUCCGGCGCUGCGACGCCGCCUGCCGGGCCCGUGCCGCAGUCCAUGGAGACGCAGGAGACCGUCACCGCCGCGCUGCUCGCUGCGCGUGCGGAGCCUGCAGAUGCAGAUGCGCCGGCGCAUCCGCGGCCGUUUGGCACACGUGCGAUGCCUUCGACCCUGUCUCGCACCGUGCCGCAGAUGCGCGGCGCAAGUGCGGCGAGUGUGGAGACGACCGACUUUGAUAUGAGCGACGAAAAUGCGCAUGUGGCUGUCCCGGUGCAUACGACGCCUAGUCCCAACGUGCGCGAGCCGAUGAUUGCAGGUGCACUUUCCGUGCAUGGGACCGAUACGCCGGAUAGCGUACAGGAAGCGCAAGGGAUGCAAGGGCCAGGGAUUCUUGAGGCGAUUGCCGCGACGUGGUCGGGCACGGACGUGAACCCUACGCCUGCACCGGGGCCGUCGACGGAGCACUAUGAUCUUCGCAUUCGCGUCCCUUCCUCGCUGUCCGCAGGGUCUGCCAGUCCAGGCACGCCUGCGUCGCCAGACAUGGCGCAAGCGCCGCGCCUUACCCCUCUUGGCGGCUUGACCAUUGCACAGCAUUUCCGCGCGCGGUACAGGAUCCCUGCAGGGCGCACCGUGUCGUCAAGCAUGCUCAGCAAUAGUUUCUCUGCUGCGGACCUUGCACAGCCCGAGGCUGAUAUGCUUGUAGCGCCGCGGCGCAUGUCGGCCACCACGGCUAAUUCACGUGUAGCCUCGCCGACCAGGGGCAUCGCGACAUUUCCUGGAGGUGCGCAGUGUACGGACGAUACGGAGAUGGAGCACCUCGCAAGUAGCCCAAGUGGAUAG